AUGGUUAAUAAUUUCCUAUACAACCUAAAGCUUUUCAGGCGACGUCGGAAACAGCAGUUGAUUAUACUUCUGAUUAUUUUCAUCUAUUUAAUAUUUAUAGUAUAUCGCCAAGGAGGCGACGACGCUUCAACCCUGAGCAUAAUCGACGAAUCCGGAUUUAAACCCAGUUGGUGGGAUUCUAUUGUAUCAAGCGUGAAGAAACCAGUUAAGUUUAGUGAUAUAAUAGCAGGAAAUUCUCCUGAUAAUCUGAGAAAAGAUUCUUCUAUUGAAGAUCAAGAAGCUACAAAGGAACAUGAGGCCAAGGAUGACUACAACAAACAACAUCCAAGCGAAGCCGUGCGGUUGAAGCGUGGAUACACUUUCUUCAACUCAAUUCUUCAAGUGUUGUAUAAUGGAAGACCUGAGGUUAAAAAAUUAGACAGGUAUCGUACCGAUGAUAGGAUAUACCACGCUCGAUAUGAUUCAUCUGCCAAAGAUGAACAAGUAUUCAGCGAGGAAUAUUUAUCCAGUUUCCUUCAACUAACAACGCAGGAAUUGGCCGACAUGAAAAAAUCCCAUCAAUAUGUUGUGGACAAUUUGCCAGGUAAGGCGCCCAAUCAAUUAUAUCACGGGAAUGGGAUCGUUUAUGUGGGUGGAGGACAAUUUAAUUGGUUGACUUUACUUUCAAUAAAGACCUUGCGGUCUAUUGGGUGUACAUUACCUAUAGAAGUGUUUAUACCAAAAGUGGACGAAUUUGAAUUGGAACUUUGUGGGAAAGUGUUACCGACCAUGAAUGCCCGAUGCAUAUACAUGAGGAAUCAUUUAGUUAGCCCUCUUGACAAGACCGGGAACAAUUAUGCUUCGAAGUUUAAUUUUAAAGGGUAUCAAUAUAAAGCAAUGGCCAUAUUACUUUCAAGUUUUGAAAACGUGUUGUUGUUGGAUAGUGAUAAUAUUCCUGUGCAUGUUCCUGAUAAUUUAUUCACUGAAGAACCAUUUACAUCGAAGGGAUUAAUUGUAUGGCCUGAUUUCUGGAAAAGAGCAACGUCACCUCAUUAUUACGAGAUUGUGGGUCUGGAAAUCAGUGAAACAGAGCUACUCCCUAAAUAUGAUGAAUCAAUUGGGUUUUACCGUUCCAGACCACAAGAAAUCACUGGUGCAAACUUGAAUGACAUUCCAUUACAUGAACGUAAAGGUGCCAUACCUGAUCCAAGCUCCGAAUCAGGUCAAUUGAUGAUUUCCAAACGGACCCAUUUCAAGCCACUUCUUUUAGCAUUAUAUUACAACUUGUAUGGGCCCACACAUUUUUAUCCAUUAUUUUCCCAAGGAUCCGAUGGUGAAGGUGAUAAAGAAACCUUUUUAGCAGCCACUGUUACCUUGAGACAUCCAUAUUAUCAAGUUUCCAAGUUUCUUAAUGCAUUGGGUCAUUUCCAGAAUGGGGAUUUCGUAGGAUGUGGAAUGGGUCAAUAUGACCCAGUCGAAGAUUAUUACACUGGCGAGUUACGCAAAGAGUUACUGAAGAUAACUGAUCAGAAAGUGCUCGCCACUGUCAAGGAAAAAAACAACCGAUUCCUUACUUCGGGUCCUCGGAUGUUAUUUGUUCAUGCCAAUUUCCCGAAAUUAAAUCCUUGGAAAUUGAGAAUAGAAAGAAAGAUAUACAACUCCAAUGGAGAAAGAAUUAGACUUUAUGGAACUGGGAUGAAACGUAUUACUGGGUACGAUUUUGAAUGGGUUCAAUGGAAUAAUAUGAAGCAACUAUUGUGUGUUAAUAACUUUAAAUUAGAAGCAUUUAAAGAUGUAAAUAAAGAAGACUUGUGCCGAGAAAUCACCCAGCAGCUUAAUUACUUGAAGGAUACCAUUAAGGAUUUAGAAUCGUAAUUAGUUCUAUAUGUCAAUUAUAUGCAGGAAACAUAUUUUUAAUACUU